GGUGUAUCCUGCCUCGAUGCCCGAUGACGCCUGAGAAGUUCGGAUAAGAGGUAGAAAAUGAAUGAAUGAAUGAAUGAAUGAAUGUUCUCAGAGCCUGUUAAAGAAAAUGAAUCAAUGUUUGCUCAUUAGAUUCAGUAGUUUAACAGUGCUGGGUUAUAAAUAAUAAUGUUUAAACACGCAUGAAUGUGGGGUUAAUGUUCAAUGGAAGUAGAAGAAUGCCGAUUUCUUCAAACAAUCACCUUUAUCUCAUGUUCCAAAGUCUUCAUAUUGCAAAUGAGAAACUCAAAUAAAUUUCCAUCCUUCGAUUAAAAUAAUAUCUAUCUCUUACAUUCCUGGAAAGAUUCUGCCUUUUUGCUUGUUUUGUUUUUCUCUGUUUUACCGCCACCAGAAAAAGAAGGUGCACAUGCUGCGCUUCAUUCAGGAAGUGAACACCACCACGCGGAGCUGUGCGCUGUGGGAUCUGGAGGCGGAGACGGACUACAUCGUGCACGUGCAGUCCAUCAGUGCGCACGGGACGAGUCCGCCGAGUGAAACUCUACGCUUCAGGACGCCAAAGGAAGCCGAGAGGCAGGCGUCUAAAAACGAAGUCACCAUGGAGGAAGUGGAGCAAGCCAGUCAGCUGAGGGCAGGGGAGCUCAUCAUCAUCGUGGUGGUGCUGGUCAUGUGGGCAGGUGUGAUCGUCCUGUUCUGCCGUCAGUACGACAUAAUCAAAGACAACGAGCCGAACAACAACAAGGACAAAGCCAAGAAUUCCUCGGAGUGCAGUACCCCUGAGCACCCCACAGGGGGGCUGUUACGGAGCAAGGUGUAACCCCACCUACCCAUCUCCACCUCCACCUCCACCUCCGCCUCCCUCCCGAGGAUGACGAGCAGCAGUUCCUUAACAACAACAACAACAACAACAACAACAACAACAACAGCAACCAGACGCCAUCUGUGACGUUAUCAAGGUGUGACACAUUUCUUCAAAAAACAAGGACGAAAUAUUGGAGUGUAAUAACAGCUCACGCUGCACCAGCUGAGGCUCAGGGGAGCCGCAUGUCCUGGCAGCUGUUUCCUGUCUGAAGGAAAGGAGAGGAGACGGAGGGGACAAAUAGGAGGAUGUGUACAGUCCCAAAUGGGUUUACAGCGACGAGACCAGAGCCAACGCUGGAAAGCGUUUUUUUUCCCCUGCACAUUUCCCAUUCAGGAAACAAGCAGCUGCUCUUUACAUCGUUACGCGUGACACAGACGAGGACACACAGCAGUGCUGUAAAGCAGGCAGGACCCCGUGUCCUCACCGUGCGUUCGCUCUUAGAGCGAGAUGAAACUUCCGAUAAAGCGAGUGAUUUAAACCACAGCACUGUACAAAUUCCUUUUCUACAACGUCGCAAUGUAGCUGCACGUCACGGCCUUCUAUUAUUCAGUAGUUUCUAUGGCAACUACUUAUUUAUUUCUAAGAAAAGUUUAAAGUUCACGGUAAGUGAUGUGAGGUACUGUUUAAGGAAACUUUCCUACUUUAUUGUUUACACUAUGGAAGGAGUCUCCAGUCUCAGCGCUGUUUUCGUCUUAUCUAACUUCAAGAGACGAUAAAUCCAUGAGUCUCAAGAGGAAAGGUGAGGAGACGACUGUUUAUUUCUAGCUGCUAUAACAUAAACGAUGCCAGGAGAUUGUUUCUCGGACAUUCCAUAACAUUAAACGCAACUCUCAAAGGAUAAAAAAACUACUCUGUUGUGCUUUAAUAAUAAUAAAAAAAAAAUAGCUGGUUAAUUUCUGUGGUCUAAAAGGAAUAAACCACUUGUGCUGUUUUUGGAGAAUAAUGAACUCUGUAGUGGAAACAUCAAGGUUAUUGAUUCAUUUCCUUUAAAUCUUUUAAAAAUGAUUUAAUGCUCAGUAAUGUGCUCGAAUACGGCACAUCUACAGUGAGAGAAUCCAAAAUAUUAAACUUUAAUUCCAUUAAAGUUCCAGAUUUGUGAGGAAAAAUAGUUGCCUGUUCUGUACCCAGUUAACAUGUGUAUCCAGAAAAGAAAACGGACUAAACAAUAAAUAAAAUGCAAAAAAAAAAUGCAAAAAAAAAAAAACCUGCAUAAAUAACAUGUAAAAGCAUGCAUGCGUAUGGAUCAUUACGUCAUCACCAUGUUUCUGAAAUUGAUGUCAUUUUGCCGGUUUCUCCUUUUUAGAGCUACGGUGCAGUGAACCGCUAAAGUCUCCUGAUUUUAUUGUUUAGUUCUGACACUUUCAAAUUUUUCUUUUAAAGCGUGUGUUACUCAUCAGUUACAAAAGUGUGAUAAUGUGUAAACAGAAGAGAAGAAAAGGUAGCUAGAAGCUGCUAUCUGAAUCCGUCCUGAAACGCUCCUGCUCUGAAGGACAUGCUUCUCAAGGACAUUCACUCGGGUACCUCACAGAUGCCAGACUCUCCUCCGGGGGAAUCGUUCAACAAGGGCUGAAAACCUUUCACAUCAGCAAUAAUGCAGGACUCGAUAACGAGAACUUCAUAACAGGGGAAUUAAUUAACGUUGACUUUCAGCAGGAUGGAAAAGUUUCACUCACUUUUUUUAUGAUCGAUUGUACAUCUUUUGUACGCCUCAGAUGAGAAAAAAGAUAAAAGUCUUUAUUUGUUUUCUGCUAAAAAGUAGAAACUCCUGCACUGAUUUUUUUUCCUCACUAAAGUCAGUUUAGGUGCAUUAAUUCAAGUAAAACUGAGUUGUGUAAAAAAAAAAAUCUUUACACAUUCUUUGUACUGCUUGAAAUGAUGAAUGCUUUGAAUUAUUACUUUUUACGAUCGUCUCUUGAUUAUAGAUUUUGUAUCAGUCAAAAAAAAAAAAAAAAAACAACAACAAAAAAUAACAUGAGAAAGGUCAGAACCGAUUUGCUUUUCGGGAUUUUUGAUGCAUCCCAAAGACAGAAAUGAUAUCAUGCUCGCAUUAAACUGUUAUGAUCGCAAA